UGGAACUAUUCCUCCAUGUUUGACUAACUUCAGUGAUUCUUUGAAAGUUCUAAAUCUCCAAGGCAACAACUUUCAGGGUCCCAUUCCUCACUCAUACAAUAGAGGAAACAAAUUGAAGAUGAUUGACUUGAGUGAUAAUAAAUUACAGGGGAAGGUGCCAGGAUCAUUGGCAAAUUGUACCGAGCUUGAGUUUCUUGAUCUCUCAAAUAAUCUGAUUGACGAUGCAUUCCCCUUGUGGUUAGGAGAUCUUACAAAGUUACAGGUUCUCAUCUUGCGAUCCAACAAAUUCUAUGGUGCAAUAGAGAAUCCCAAAAUUAAGUUGGAGCUACCAAAUUUGCACAUCAUUGACCUCUCUCAUAAUGGCUUUACAGGUAAUUUGCCAUCAAAAUACUUUCAAAAUUGGAAUGCAAUGAAAUUUUUUGAUGUCGACAAGAUGAAUUAUAUGGACACAAUCAUUGAAGGACGCGGGAUCAAUGCCAGUUGGAGUUAUGACUAUUUGUACACAAUGAACAUUACAAACAAAGGUGUAAAUACAGAAUAUCAGGAGAUCCAGAAUAUCUUCGCUGCCAUUGAUCUCUCAAUCAACAAAUUUGAAGGGGUGAUUCCAGAAUUUAUUGGAAACCUUAAGGGGCUUCAAUUGCUCAACCUUUCCAACAAUAACCUUAAUGGUGGAAUCCCAUCAUGCUUGGGGAACCUAACAAACCUUGAAUCUUUGGACCUUUCUCAAAACAAGCUCUCGGGAGAAAUCCCGCAGCAACUAGCACUUCUCACUUUCCUUGAAUUUUUAAAUGUCUCAAAUAACCAUCUCACUGGACCCAUUCCACAUGGGCAGCAAUUCAACACAUUUGAGAACAAUUCCUACGAGGGGAAUUCAGGAUUGUGUGGAGACCCUUUAUCAAGGAAAUGUGGAAAGUUAGAGGCACCACCACCAUUGAACUCGGAACAAGAUAAUGAUUCAGCGUUCCCAAGUAAUGUUGAUUGGAUUUUCAUAUGCACGGGAUAUAUGAGUGGGAUAGUAGUCGGGAUGGUUAUUGGGCACACAAUAACCACAAGGUAUCACGAAUGGUUCAUCGAGAAUUUUGGAAGGAAACAACGCAAGCUGAGAAGGGAGAAAAGGAGGGGACAUGGAAAUUGAAGUUGAUUAGGCAUUUGCUUCACCAGUUAUUUCCUUUGGGGUGUUAUUGUGAGACUGUCGAAGAAGGACAACUUCUGUGCAUGUCAGAAUUUUAUGGAGUUGGAAUGUUCUUUGUGCUAUAAUUAGUUUUUUUUAUUGUUUUAAGGUUGUGAAAUUAGAACUAUUUGGACAAUAUGAUGCUUUUGUAAUUUGGAUUUGAACUUUUAGACAAUGUGAUGUUUUAAGUAGUAAUCAGCUUUUUUGGUUUGC